CUUUUCAUGUUUUGUAUCGGUUGAAGUGAAUGGUUGUAGUUUCUUGCGACAACCACCAUCAUCAUCAUCUUCAUCUGCGGUCAUCCCUCAGAUCAAUCAACUUGGAAUGCUUGUUCAGUGGACCUUAACAAAGUCUAAGAAAGAGUGCCAAUCCAGUUGACUACCAAUGUCCUAAGCUACAAUUGGUGUAUCCCACAGAAUCUGAUAUACUUAUUAAAUCUAGAGAUCUGCACCAUGGCCGAGGCUCUUUCUCUUCUCUUAAAGCAGUUACUUGUCCACAUCAACCAGCUACGCUAUAUAAAGCCCUCUGUUGAAGCACGAGAUGACAGAACAGAUGUAGAUGCAUCUUUUGAUGUUCUCAUGAAUCACCUCAGAAAGAUGAUGUUAGGAUAUGAAAACAAGGAAGUGCAAGGUUUGUUUGAAGAAAUCCGACUGCAGAUGGAUCGCAUUGUUGCUUUGAUGGGGAUUUCACCAUCAGGAAUUGACGCAUUGUUAGAGGCUUGUGAAAAACUCUAUAACAUCAGAUUCGGCUCAACCAUGGAGGCAGAAGAAAUUGUUGUGGGCUUUGAUGAUGAAGUAGAAAUACUGCUUAAUCAACUUACUGGAACUUCUACAAAGCAGUUGCAAGUUAUCGCAAUCACUGGAACGGCUGGGCUUGGGAAGACGACUUUGGCUAGAAAACUAUACAGGGAUCCGUUAGUCGAGUAUUUCUUCGAAUUUCGAGCAUUAACUUGUAUUUCUCAGAAAUAUCUGAAGAGGGACUUGUUACUCAGCAUAUUAAGCUCUUUUAUCAAUGAUCUUACCGAGGAGAUCUAUAAAAUGAGCGACGAACAGUUGGGGGAAAAGCUAUACAGAUUUUUGAAAGGACGCCAAUAUUUGGUGGUCUUGGAUGAUGUUUGGGAUUGUAAGGCCUUGAAUGACCUUCAAAUCUAUUUUCCAGAUGACCAAACUGGAAGCCGGAUUCUAUUUACGAGCCGACAUGUAGACCUGAGUUUACAUUUAGGGUCUGCUGGACCUGUUCAUGAUUUGCGUCUUCGUACUGAAGGUGAAAGUUGGGACAUAUUUCAGAUGAAAGUAUUUAGAUUCGGAAUAUGCCCUCAUUUUUUGGAGGAACUUGGAAGGGUGAUAGCAAGAAAAUGUGAAGGCUUGCCUCUUGCAAUCAUUAUAACUGCUGGUCUCGCGAAAAAACAAUUGUCAUAUACAUGGUGGUCAGAAAUUGCUGGGAGUCUACAUUCGCUUAUGGCUCGUGAUCCAAGCCAAUACAUGGACACAAUGGCUUUAAGCUACAACCAUUUGCCUUCUCACCUGCGGAUCUGUUUUCUCUUUCUUGGUGUAUUUCCUGAGGACUACGACAUUCCUGUGAGAAAGUUGAUCUGGCUAUGGAUUGCUCAAGGAUUUAUACAUGAAACUGGAAACAGAACCUUGGAGGAUGUUGCAGAGGAUUUCAUGAUGGAUUUAAUCAAGAGAAGUCUGUUAAUGACUGCCAAAAAAGGGGUUGAUGGCCAAAUCAACGCAUGCCGUAUCCAUGACUUGUUGCGGGAUUUAUGCUUGAGAAAAGCAGAGGAAGAGAAUUUUUCUCCACAUUUUUACAGGUAUGCUCAUGUUCCGGCAUCUUCAAGUACACCUCCUGCAUUAAACACCCACUCUGGUUUUUGCUAUCCAUUUGAGUUGGGCAAAGUACUUCAAGAGGGUGGAUUAGUUCUUAGUGAAACGUACAAAUCCCUUAGGAUUCUAGAUGUGGAGUCUGUCCCUAUCUCUUCAUUUCCUUGUGAUGUAAUAGAGCUUGAUAAUCUGAGAUACUUGGCCAUUCAAGCUCGUGAUGGAAGUCCCCAACCAUCAAUAUCAAACCUUGUCAACCUGCAAAUGCUGAUAAUAUCAUCAAGGAAGAAUAUAGUUGUACCAAAAACCAUAUGGAAUAUGAUAAAUCUAAGGCACAUAUGCAUCAAAUCAGGGGAAAAUCUUGUGGAGGAACCUUGUUUUGUACAAGUAACAGAUAAGGAUGGUUGUCCAAAUGUGUUGUCUUGCCUGCAAACCUUGUCCCAAAUAAGCCCUCAAUCUUGCCACAAUAUAUCUUCGAUGACUCCCAAUCUCAGAAAGCUUGGGUUUUAA